AUGCUGCGCGGCGCCGUUGCCGUGGCCCCGCAGGCCUCGGACGUGCUCGCACCGCCAACUGAACGGCAUCCGACGCUCGAGCGCGGCGGGAGGUACUUGUACGGAUUGUGGGAAUGGCUCCAGACGAGUCACUGCGGCCAGUACAUGUACUCGGUUGAGCGCAUGCUUGCCUUGGACGAGUAUCGCCACCGAACGUCGCGCGCGCGAGUCGCGUGUGUGCUGUUGCUCACCCCGUUGCCGGCGAUCCUGGUGGUGGUGCUGACCGAGUGCCAGGCCAAGGAGUGGAUCCCGGGCGCGCCGCUGACUCGACAACGGAUCGUCGGACUCUCGCUCGGGUGUGCCGCCGUUGCGACAUGGCUGGACAUCCUCGUGGCAAGGCUGUGGGUCUUCCCGAUCCCGUUCCUCGUCGUGCUCGGGGCUCCAGUGCUCGAGGUGAUCGUCGCGCUCGCCGUGAUUUGCACCAUCGGACGGGGCGAGCUGCGCGCCGUGAAGGACGGCGCGUUCCAUCUGCGGAGAUACGCCAACCUCUUCUCGGCGCAGACGUCGCUCAUGCUGAUCUACCCGGCUUACCACGCGCUCUUCCUCGUGUCGCCGAGCCUGGUCCAGCGGUUGUUGCUGCUUCUGCUGCCGGCUUUGGAUCUCGCGUUGAAGAACCUGAUCGUGUCCUUCGGGUCGCACCUAGAAGACCGAUUGUCGGAGGAGGUCGUCUUUGUCGUGGACGUGUACGACGCGCUCUACACGACGCUGUGCAUGCGCUCGGAGAAUUCGUUCGUGAUGGUGGCCAUAAUGGCGUCGUUGCGCCUUGCCGACGCGACGUUGUCCUUGCAUUCCAUGCACAAGCGCUUUCGGUUAUUCGAGCUCAUAGUCGAGAGCUUGGAGACCCGACGGUAA